AUGGAGUGGAGCGAAGAAGAUAUGUUGGGCUUGAUUGAAGUGUAUAGAACACAUCCUGUGCUUUGGGACCCAAGUAAUAGAGACUACUACAAAAAAGCUAAAAAAAUGGAUGCGUGGAGAGACAUAGCUGUUACAGUCGGGCAGUUAGAAGAUGAAUGCAGGAAAAAAAUGAUUAGUUUGCUGUCGUCGUACAGAAGGGAGAAGUCAAAAGAAAAAAACACAAUAGGGACUGGUAAAGGUACUUCCGAAGUGUAUACCAGCCGAUGGUUCGCCUACGAGUCGUUAAAAUUUCUGGAAGGCAGAGAUAAGCCACGGCCAACAAUGAACACGGAGCCGGUGAUCAUUGAAGGAAACCACGUCCAUCAAGAACUGAAUGUGCAAAAUGAAGACCAAGAAUUUCUUUCUCCAAGUGCACCUAAGCGAGCAAAAGGAAGGCAACAGGGUGAUGGAACUGCACUGCUAGCGGAUGCUGUUAGCAUUCUACAAGCUACUGCUGGAAAAUUCAACAUGUCUCCUGAACAGAGCGAGAUUAAAACAUUUUGCGCAUAUUUAUCUUCCAAAAUGGCGACAUUUUCUUCAGCUACAAGAUUGGGGGUUCAGCACGCUGUUUAUGACAUUUUGAUGAAAGCAGAUCGAGGUUUGUUUGAAAUACCUACAUACAACUAUGGUCAAGGUCAACUAUUUCAUUCCAAUGCACCUGAAAACUAUUCUACUCGCAUGUAUAUGCAACAGCCAGCUUCCCACUCAUCAACUUCAUCAGUUUAUCUUCCUGCUCAACAACAACAACAACAACAACAACAACAACAACAACCCUUUGAGCCAAAUCUGUCGCAGUCUUCUCCAGCUGGUCGGUCCCCGACACAAAUGACUCCACAUGCACAAGUUACUAUGCUACCUAGUGCCUCGGCUACAAGUAUACAAACAAAUUCAAGUCACACCAUUUCACCGCUGGCGUCAAUGCAAAGUCCUUUAUCGCAUUCAUCUCAGUGUUCUGAUGAUUUUAAUGACUGUGUGUAAAUUGCAUCACAAUUUUUGUGUUAAUUUAUUUAUUUGUUUAUGUGAA